AUGAGCCAUCACUCUUCGUGGAGAGGACAUCAUUGUGCCCCUGGAGACACCAACUGCACUACAAGCUUUAAGGAGUCCUUAGGCAGCAAGAGCUACAAGUUACUCCAUGUGCCUUUCCAUGGGCAGAACUACAGCCACCACCAUGGGCCUCCACAUGCAUUCUCCACUGUGGAUAUUCCUGACCAUGCCCACUACAUCAUCGGCUCUGUCAUAUUAAUAGUUGGCAUUACUGGAGUGAUUGGAAAUGCUCUGGUGAUAUACAUGUUCUGCCGAAGCCAUAAUCUUCACACUGCUGGGAACCUGUUUGUGGUGAACCUGGCUGUGGCUGAUUUCUUUAUGUCUCUCACCCAGUCACCAGUGUUCUUUGCCGCCAGCCUACAUAGGCGUUGGGUGUUUGGUGAGUGUGCUUGUGAGCUCUAUGCUUUCUGUGGAGCUCUCUUCGGAAUCUGUUCAAUGAUGACCUUGACUGCUAUUGCGGCCGAUCGCGGCCUAGCCAUAACUCAGCCUCUUUCCCUCGUUGGCAAAUUUAGCCAGAGCAAAGCUUGCGCAGUGCUGGCUGUUGUGUGGCUCUAUUCUUUGGGCUGGAGCCUUCCACCAUUCUUUGGCUGGAGUGCUUAUGCCCCAGAGGGGCUUCAGACUUCCUGUUCAUGGGACUACAUGACCUUCACUCCAUCAGUGCGUGCAUACACCAUCCUCCUCUUCAUUUUUGCUUUCUUCAUCCCACUGGGCAUUAUCGGUGGCUGCUACUUUGGAAUUUUCCAAACUAUCCGAGCAGCCGGGAGGGAGAUAAGAGAGCUGGAUUGUGGGGAAACACAUAAGUUGUGUGAGCGUAUGCAGAAUGAAUGGAAGAUGGCUAAGGUUGCCCUCCUGGUGAUUUUUCUUUUUGUAGUCUCCUGGUCACCCUACUCUGUGGUGGCUCUCACUGCUACAGCAGGCUAUACCCAUCUCUUGACCCCCUACAUGAAUUCAGUGCCUGCGGUUAUUGCCAAGGCCUCAGCCAUCCAUAAUCCCAUCAUCUACGCAAUUACACAUCCAAAAUAUCGGUCAGCUAUUGCGCGUUAUAUUCCAGUUCUUCGCACUAUCCUGCGUGUAAAAGAGAAGGACCUCCUUUCAUCUUUCAAAUCAAGCAGUGCCCUCUCUUCCCAUCGUCCGACACUUACUAGUCAAUGCUCCUUGGGUGGUAACAUGGGCAAUGCUGCACAAGCUAAUGGCCUCUGGGGGAAGACCCGCUUGUCUUCGGCUUCAGACACUGAUUCCUGCUGGACAGAGAGUGAGGCUGACGGUUCCAGUGUUAAUUCUCUGAUAUCUAGUUGCCAUGUAUCCACAGAGAUCUCUACAGAUACAGCCAUUCCUCUACAGUAUAGUGGCAGCAUCACCACAAGUGGGCAGAAGUUAGGGAAGUUGGACAAAGCAGGCAUGCAUGUGCAAUCUAUUUCUAUUGAAACAGAUGCAUUCGAGGUGGAGCCUCUGUCUGAUGGGAAGGCUUUCCUUCUUGGGGUAACUAAAGGAAUAAUGCAGUCCUUAAGAGGGGUCACAACUUUAGAAUUAGUUACUUUAGUGGUUGCUUUGAAUAUGACCUCUUACUUUUAG